CGCUAUGGCCAGGACAAAGCAAACCGCCCGCAAGAGUACCGGCGGGAAGGCUCCGCGUAAGCAGCUUGCCACCAAGGCUGCUCGCAAGAGUGCACCUGCCACCGGCGGUGUCAAGAAGCCGCAUCGUUAUAGGCCGGGCACCGUGGCCCUGCGUGAAAUCCGUCGUUACCAGAAGUCGACCGAGCUGCUGAUCCGCAAGCUGCCGUUCCAGCGCCUGGUGAGGGAAAUCGCGCAGGACUUCAAGACCGACCUGCGAUUCCAGAGCUCGGCUGUGAUGGCUCUUCAGGAGGCUAGCGAGGCCUACCUGGUCGGUCUCUUCGAGGACACCAACCUGUGCGCCAUCCAUGCCAAGCGCGUUACCAUCAUGCCCAAGGACAUCCAGCUGGCCCGCCGCAUCCGUGGCGAGCGUGCCUAAGUUCGACCGCUGUCUGCACCGCGCAGCCUUGCGUCAGGCAAGCAACACAAAACGGUCCUUCUCAGGACCACCUACAUGUCUGCUUCGGCUACGGGAAUACGCGAGACCACGUACU